ACACCAAUCUCGGAUCGAUCUUGACACAUCGUCUCUGUCUGUCCUACUACGCUCACACUUGGGUCGAUCGAUCGAUCGUACGUCAAUGGCGCAGGAGAGCCGCGGCAGCUCCGGCAAGGCGCCGGCGGCGAGCAGCAGCUCCGGCGAGUGCUCGACGCCGCCGUUCAGGUUGAACGUGCACGCCCCCGAGUUCGUGCCGCGGUCGCCGGCGGCCGUCAGCCCCAUGGCGGCCGCCGGCUUCUACUCGCCGUUCUUGCAGCUGCCAGGCAGCGGCAUUGGGCUGUGCGCGGACUGGAGCAUCUUCGCCGAGCCGGAUCCGGCCUUCUUCCUGCCGGACUUCGGCCACGGUAAGAUCGCCGCCGCCGCCGGGAAUGGGCCGCCGAAGGGGGCGAGCCCGGCCGACAUUGCACAGAAGAUCAUCAAGCAGGUCGAGUACCAAUUCAGUGACACGAAUUUGGUUGCAAAUGAUUUCUUGAUGAAGAUCAUGAACAAAGAUCCUGAGUGCUAUGUCCCUAUGUCUGUCAUUUCUUCAUGGAAGAAGAUUAAAGCUAUGGGCGUGACCAACCAGCUCCUGGUGAAUGCUCUAAGGACAUCGUCAAAGCUCGUUGUGAGUGACGACGGCAAGAAAGUGCGCCGGGCACAGCCAUUCACUGAGCGACACAAAGAAGAGUUGCAGUCUCGAAUGGUGAUCGCGGAGAAUUUGCCGGAGGAUUCAACCAGGAACAGCCUUGAGAAGAUCUUCGGCAUCAUCGGAAGCGUGAAGAACAUCAGGAUAUGCCAUCCACAAGAGCCUAGCUCCGCCAGAUCGUCAAAGUCUGACGCGCUAGUGAGUAACAAGUUGCACGCGCUCAUAGAGUAUGAGACAUCACAGCAAGCCGAUCGGGCGGUCGAUAAGCUGAACGACGAACGCAACUGGAGGAAGGGGCUGCGAGUUCGUCCGGUGCUACGUCGAUCGCCGAAAUCGGUGGUACGGCUGAAGCGACCGGACUUCGACCACGCCAUGAUCUCCGACGACGAGCACUCGCCGCUGUCUCAGGUGUCGUCGGAUUCGCCAAUGGCGGACCACUCGCCUGACCAUCACCAGGAAGAUCACCAUGGCAAGAAGUCGUGGGCGAGAGGGCGGGGAGGCAGGACGCCGCACGCCACCGGAGCGCCGCAUCCCGCCGCCUCGGCCGGGCAUUUCGACGCCCUGAUGAGGAGCCCCCGGUACGCGCCGCAGGGGCCGAGGAUGCCCGACGGAACGCGAGGGUUCACCAUGGGGCGCGGGAGGCCGUCGCCGGCGGCAGCUGUCCUCCGGAGCUCGCCGGCCCGCGCUGUCGCCGCUCCUGGUCCGGCGGCCGUGAUGAUCUAACGGUCGCCCUGUCGUGCCAUGGGUUGCCAUGGCGGUAUUUUGGUUGCCUAUUGGCUUUUACUCGUUCGACGUUGUUGAGUUUUUUUUUGGCAUAUAUUUUGAUCAUUUGGUUUAUUAAAAUUUUCUAUGUAAAU